AGGCUAAACAUCGAUGGUCUUCUGGUAUACUUUCCAUACGACUAUAUUUAUCCAGAGCAGUACUCUUAUAUGAUGGAGUUGAAGAGAACUCUUGAUGCCAAGGUGAAGACCGAUUUCUGCAAGAUCCUUUGGCCUCACUGAUAUGUGUAACGUUCUAUCCUUUUGCAACACCUACAAUUUAAGAUCACAUGAAAGCUCGCCUAAUUAAUUUAUCAAAAAAGGUGUAUCAGCGAAUUAAUCUGCUUAUGCAAGCUUAAAAGCUAACAAUUUAAUACUUGUAGUACAAGAAAUCGCAUCGAGAUAUGCUGAUGAGUGGCUUUCCUUCGCAAUAAACAGCUGGUGUGUUAUGCUUACAUAGUUAAAAUUGCCGAAAACCCAAACUGUUAUUGUUGUAUAAUUGAAAAAGAAUGGAUUCCCUUUUUCAUGUGGCUCACGUCGGUUAUUGGACAGCUGCUGAUGGCAUGGUGAAAUACUGUAAAAUUCCGAAAAUAAGCCCCAGGGCUUAUAUUUUUCAAAGGCCCUUUUUGAGGGGCUUAUUUUUCGAGGGGCCUAUAUUCAGAGGGGCUUAUGUAUGGAGGGAAAUUUGUGUUUCAAAAUCGGUUGGGCUAGCUUGUAGUGGGAAGGAAAUUUACUAUUUUUGCUUUGUUUUUCUUUGUAUUCAAGGGCAAAUUCCAAGUACAAGCCCCCGGGGGGCUUAUAUUCGGAGGGGCGAUUUAACGGAGGGUUUUUUGCAUUACGAUUUUGGGGGGCUUAUAUUUGGAGGGGCUUAUACAUGAAGGGGCUUAUUUUCGGAAUUUUACGGUAGGUGUUUGUGACAGGAAAAAGGGGCCUUUUCCCUAAAAUCUUAACAGCAUAGACCUUGUCACAAUUUUGGAAGCCAUCUUGAUGAGUUGGCAACUGUGUAAGAAAUUAGUGUUUUUAUGAGCAUCUAAUUUCAAAUAAUUUCCAUAAAACGACUGUUCUGAUAAAAAUAUUAAUUGUAAACUAAAGCCACAUAGCAAAGGAUUCUACUAACAAAUUUUGGGGGCUGUAACUGUGCUUAGAUUUCUCCAGACACUUGCUUUAGAUUUUCCAUAUACUUUGUCUACAAUUUUUGCCAGGAAAAUUUAGUCGGCAGAAAGAAACAUUACGGACAAAUGUAUAGAAAAUUUUAAAAAGUGCUUCUAGCACAUUUAGCCGCAUGUAACUCCGUCAGUUUUUUUGCAAUAGAUUCAUUAGGAGUGAAGAUUAAUAUUUCAUAAUAAUUUUUUGUCAGAACAGCCGUUUUAUGGAAAUUAUUCGACAUUAGAUUCUCUUAAAAAAUCCUGUUAUUUUCAUGGAGUUGCCUACUCGUCAGGAUGGUUUCCAAAACUGUGACAAGGUCUAUUGUGGGAAGAGGUCCCAUGGGUGGUGAUAGGCCUCUGGUAACUGGCUUUUAUUGAAAUCCCUGAUCCACUAGGUCUAAUGAUCCUGUAAAAUUUGAUGAAUGAGCUAAAAUGGGUGCUUUCUUUAAAGUCGGCUCUCUUCUGGCCAACAAGUCACCCCUGUUGGAAAUGGGAUUGUUGUCAUACUCUUGUUACCCAUAAGCAAAGGCCCUUUUAUCUUCUUAGAUAGAUGGGUUAAAGUCAUUAACUUAAGUAGCAGUCCUUCAGCCUCAAGAAUAACUUUUGUCAGGCCCCGGUUUUCAAACGUUGAAUAGCGCUAUCCAACGUUUGAACAACCGAGGCCAGGACUACAAUUACCAUGACAUUUGAGUUUUCUCGGUUUAAAAACAUGUGAUAAUUUUACAUAUUGUAAGUUUACUAGGCAUAGUUUUAAUGCUUCUGAAACUUUCUCUAACACCUCUUGAUUGCAUGUGAUUUUCAUUUUCAGGGUCACUGUCUUCUGGAGAUGCCUUCUGGAACUGGCAAAACCAUAUCACUCCUGUCCUUGAUUGUUGCCUACAUUUUGGUAAUUAUAUAUGAUACAACUUGUUUAGCUGGCUCCCGGCUGAGGGGGGAGUGGUUACUUUGGAGUUAAAGUUACAGGGUUAAUCAGAAGAUUUUUGGGGUUUGAAAUUUCCCAUUGCAGGAUUUUCUUGGGUAGGAAAAUUUAGCAAGUAUUUUUGUGGUACCUUGAUGUACAGUGUAAGUAAGUAUUUUGGGGGUUAUUCAAAACCUUCUAGGUUUGGUAUAGUACAUGUAGUAUGCUUGGUAUGCCCUCAUUAUUACAACUGACUAUGCAAAAAUGAUGAAGUGAUUUCCAUAUAAUUUAAUGACAUUCAAAUCUGACCAUGCUUGCCUCCAGGCCAAACCUCUGGACCUGUCCAAACUCAUCUACUGCUCUCGCACCGUUCCAGAAUUAGAAAAGGUAAACAAACAAGUUUCAUUUUUUGGUAACAUUUUUACCAAUUAAUAAUUAUCAUUUAUUCCAUUUAAUUUAUAGUGUAUUAAGUAAUAAUGAACUGUGUCAGUGAUAUUACUUGGUAGAAGACAAAAGAGUAUUUUUGAACAUGGGUAAUGAGCUAAAAGUAGAAAGUAAAACUGUCAAAACCAAUUCGCAACCUGAGGCAAACAGGGAUGAUUUUAUUUACCUAAGAGACUUUAUUGUUUACUUUAUAACAGUUAUUAAUUUCUCUGUAGGUUUUAGAAGAGUUAAAAGUGCUUUUGGAGUAUUAUGAGAAAGAAACAGGACAGAGACCAAAGAUUUUAGGCUUAGGACUUAGCUCACGAAAAAAUCUGUGCAUCCACCCCGAGGUUUGCUUUGACUUUGCUUAACUUUAAAGGGUAGAUUGGCCCUUUGAUCUUUCUAGAAUGAUCAGAGGACCUCUUCUUGUUGGGUAGCUGCAUGUAACUGUCAGUUUUCAACCUUCAAAAAUCGCACAUAAGAUUGAUGCCCUCUUAGGGGUGGGGGAUGUCCCUAGUCUGAAAUUUAAAGCCAUUUGUUUUGCACUUUAAGAAGAAGGCCAUGUACUAGUCAGUAUUGUGCUAUUUUAUUUGCCCUUAUUUUUGUUGCAGGUACGAUUUCAUCUUAUCUUGAAAUAUCUAUUUUGUUGUUUGUCACCAAUAUUUUCAUCUGCCUUUGUUAUGUUGCUGUUCAGGCCCAUGUUGUUUGUCAAAAUAUCGCCCUAAAAAUGCCUCAAGACUGGGUUACUGCCAACUGUUGCCUCAAUACAUUUCCUAAAGAAGUAGAGCAGGUUGAUUGAGGUUGUUGAAAUAUUGGGCACUUUCAUUGUUUGUGAUUAUUUUAUAGUUCUUGUGACCCCUCUGUUUUAUAAAGCAAUGUUAAUUCAAGGAAUGAUGAUCACUCUUAGGGCUUAAAGUAUUAAAUGGUCAUGUCUAAAGCACUGACACCUAAAAUUAGCCAAUAAUUAUAUCCCAAUAUGCCAAUAGUUACCAUAAAAAUAUAUUGGCCAAUUUUGGUGAAAGAUAUUGACUGCUUGAUUUACCAAACUUCUCUACUAACAGUAUUCCUAUUUCUUAGGUUAUCGCUGAAAGAGAAGGCAAGAAAGUAGAUGGGAAGUGUUUGAGUUUAACAGCAUCUUACAUACGUUUAAGGCACAAAGAAGACAAGUCUGUUCCUGUUUGUUCAUUUUAUGAGGUACAAGUUUAAACUCUCUCCCUAAUGCUGCACCAUAAAGGAUUAUUGCCAUGAUAGAGAUGUGACUGUUAGUCCAAGUUUAACUGUAUAGUAAUACAGUGGAACUCUGUUAAUCAGUCACCAAUGGGCCAAAAAAAUUUGGCUGUAAUAACAAGGUGACCAUAUUAACGAACCUUUUUUUUACAAGAAAAUGUAUGGUCAUUUUGCCGGGCGGCCAAAAAAGUGGUCGUAAUAAUGAGGUGACUGUAAGGCAGGGUUCCAUUUUAUUAAUAAAGCAAGAAAUUAUUACUGUAGCUGUGAGUUCAUUAUUGUGGAGUAAAGUUAAGUGCUCUAGCCAAAGUGCAAAAUAAAAGGAUGAGCCCCUGGGAGUAAAAUAACGUUGCUCUUACUAAGCCAGUUCCAUAGGUUUUUGAAUUCCUUUCUUCUAAUUAUAUGGCAAUAAAAAGGCAGGGGGUAAAAAAAUUUGAAUUCCAGCUGGUCCUAUAGGUGAGCAGCUCACACAUUUUGCUUGCCUAGGGCACUUCUUAGUUAAUGAUUUAGUUGGAGGAUGACUUGACUGCACCCCUGUCCAUUCGGCAAGUGAUCUUUGAAAGUUAUUUGCCCAGCAAGAAAAUCUGCAGUACUCGUCCUGGACUACUCGACGGGACUUUUUUUAAGCCCCGCAAGGGAACAAUUUAAUUUUUGGAAAAUUUUGUAUUUGGCCAUUUACUUUGCUUCUUUGUUUGGACGAUCAUCACAGGUAUAGAAAUCUAUUUAUUGCAACCUUAUCAGUUGCAAGAAGGAAGACUGAAAAAAAAAAAACUGCAAAAGUUGGGUCUAACUGUAAUGAUCUCCUUUCAUUUAAUUCUUCACCCCACAGUUCCUAUAUUUCAUAUAUAUUACUCAUUGUUUCAUUUGUUUAGUUUUGUUGUUGUUUCUGUAUUACAGUCCUUUGAUGCCCAUGGGAAGGAAGAAAAACUUUCUCCUGGAGUCUAUAAUUUGGUAAGGAUAAAGCUCUGACACCAGUUGUUCAGUACCUGGAUGACGCUAUUCACUGGAGAAAUUUCUACCAUGUGGAUAAUGUUAAUAUUAUUACUUAUCUACUGGAUAGAAAUUGAUCUGCUGGAUAGCGCUAUCCAAUGUUUGAACUUCUGUGGCCUGAUGUUCCCUGUGAUAUUAAUACUUUCAAUGUGUAGAAAAUGGUUCUGAUUGUUAAUAAAGAGAAUUAUCUGUAUCAUUUUUCAUUAUAUAGUCUUUUAGCAUUUUGACUGUUAACUACUAGCAGCUAAAUGUACAUAAUAAUUAUUAAAAAAAAAAAGAUUGCAAUGAAUGAAAGGAGAAUCGUUGUGUAUUCUGGAAGUACCUUGAAAGUCCUUUUACAUGAAGAUGUACAAGUUUUCAUUAUGAUUGUCUAUUCUUUUUUGUUUAAAGGAUGACUUAAAAACAGUUGGCAGUAAGAAAGGGUGGUGUCCAUAUUUUCUUGCUAGACAUACUGUAAGUAUAUACUCCUGGGCUUCUUUAAUAGUACUGGUUAUUGUUUAGUUUGCCAUGAUUAUUGUUUGACGAUAUAUGGGAAUUUGUGACUUGGGACACAGGAAAAUGUCCAUUGUCUGUAUUAAGCAGGUUAACUUCACAUAAGAUAUGAGCUUUUGGUUGGGACAAAUGAAACUGUCUGUGAUGUACAGGUGUUGAUAUUAAAUGGGUGUCUGCAGCUAGAGCAGGGUUCCAAUGUAUAUGAAACAUGCACAGAUAAUAAUAUUGCAGGUGCACAUAUAACCUACACCAACUGAAGGGAUACUGAAAGAAUUAAAAAAAAAUAGAUAUGAUGGCACCACUCACAGCAUUAAUUAAUUAAAUAAGCCUUCCAGAAUUAUUUUAUUUUUAUUGGCCUUAACCUUGCUUUUUUUUCUAAUGCAUCAUUUCAGAUCUACCAUGCUAAUGUUGUUGUAUACAGCUACCAUUAUCUCCUGGAUCCUAAAAUAGCUGACCUGGUUUCUAAAGAAUUGGAAAAGACAUCUGUUGUUGUAUUUGAUGAGGCUCACAAUAUAGGUACAAACUGUUUCACAUUUGGUACCUCUGUAGCCUGGAUUCCCGACAGAGGUUUUAUGGUGUAAAAAAAGUUGGAAAAAUUUUCAACAGUAUAAUAAAGGUAGAUAGUUAUAGUCCAUCAAGUUGAAGGUUUGUUAAAUAACAUUCAGACAUGUUUAUGACUGAUUUGAACUCUGAGUUGUCCCGCUGCUUGGGCCAGAGUCACAAAUUUUCUCCAGCCCGAGAAGCUGCGAAGGAGACUAUCAUGCAAAAAAGGCCAGUUCUGAACUAAAUAAUAAGACCUUUUACUUAUAAAGAAGGCGCAUAUCUGUAGUAAACACAAAAAUUGUCCCAAAUUGUUGCAAAACCUGUUGCACAUCACAACAAAAUCGAUUUUUUAAAUCAGCACCAUUCUAGGUCGACUUUCAUCUUGGUGUUUGCUUGUAGGUGGAAGAUCAACCUAAUAGAUCGUAGCCACUGAGAAUUGGCCAUUAUGCCUGAGUUACAGAUCAUGUCGACUAAACGUAGCAUGUAAACCCUGGCAUUAGAAAUUUCUCUGAAAUUUAGACAAGUCAUGUGAGUUAGUCUUUCCUUAGUUCCGUAUCCAUUCUUGAAUACAUUUUUGUUGUCGUGUCCUCACUGUAAUUGCUUGCAUGUUGUUUGCCCGUUGUGAUUUGCAGAUAAUGUUUGCAUCGAAUCCAUGAGUGUGACAAUAUCACGAAGAACUCUGGACAGAAGUCAUGCUAAUGUUGAGUCACUGGCAAGAACUAUUAAGAAGUAAGGGUGAAAAUAUUGUGGCAAUGUGAUAAGAGAGCAACAGACGUAACAACUCCUGAUUUUGCCCUAGAACUUGCGUCUUGCUGUAGAUUGGUUGUUAGUACAGCAACUUUAAGAUGACCUUUGCUUUAGGGCCAAGACCAGUCAAGUCCCUUGUCACAGGACUAAGUAUCUUUGAUUUUGGAAAGGUUUCCCCAUCAUAGGGAGCUAGUGAAAACAAAUGAAUUUGAACAACGUGGACCAACCUAAGGUUUCUUCUUUAGGAAGACCGGGGGUAUUUAUAUCCUGUAUUACCCAGUAAUCUCGUGAGACAGCCAGGUGUACAAAUGAUUAUUUUUUAGCACUCUACAGAACCUUCUUCAAACAAUCCCCUCCUUGCGAGCACCCUGUUAAUGUAAUCAACUAUACCAUGCAGGAAGUUUUUUUUCCACCCACUUCCCAUCUUCUAUUUUCCACGUCUUGGAAAGCGAAUUUGCACUCCUCUCAUCGUUCAUGGGCGGGUGUACCAUGGUGUAGCGUAGUUUUAACGAAAAAUGAUGGAAAAAACGCUGGUGAUGGAGUCUCUUUAACGAGUAAUCAAUCAAAUCUGAGAAUGAGUGACUUAAUAUUAAUUCGUACAUAUGUGUGUGUUUUUUCUGUAAGUAUCAAAGAGAGAGAUGCUAACAGAUUGAGAGAAGAGUACAACAAACUUGUUCAAGGAUUGCGGGAUGCGAGUGCUGCAAGAGAAACAGACACAGUGUUAUCCAAUCCUGUAUUACCUGAUGAGAUCUUAGAAGAAACCGUACCUGGAAAUAUCAGACAAGCCGGACAUUUUGUGAAUUUUAUGAGAAGAUUUAUUGAAUACUUGAAGACACGUCUAAGAGUACAGCAUGUUGUACAGGAAACUCCACCGUCCUUUCUACAGCAUAUCCUUCAACAAGUGUGCAUUGAGAGGAAACCUCUAAGGUACUGUACAUCAGGCUUGGUUGUAAAAUUAUAUUUUUGGCAACUAUUUAUUAAGCUAAUUUUUUCAUUUAAACUACACCAAGGCUCUAUAAUUAUCUAAACUAAAAUUAAAUAGAUAUGAUCGUAGCUUAGAAACCUUUUACCCAGAUAAGAAAGCCUUCACCAUCUCAUUCCAUAAAAUCAAUGUAUCAUAUAUUUGUCUUUUUGUUAACGCUUUGAACAUUGAUUUUUGCCAUAAAUUUUCUCGUAUUAAAAGAAAACCGUGCGUGCUUUUGAAAAGCCUUUUCUACAUUUGGAUUAUUCUUCAAAGUUACUGAACUGCCUCAAAAAGGAAUGAGGAAACCAUUCAAUAAGCUAACCAACUAGCCUUCUUCUUCUUGUAUUUUCUUUUUCAGAUUCUGUGCAGAACGUUUAAGCUCUUUGUUGCACACUUUAGAACUCCCAGACGUUCAGGACUAUGGACCUCUUACAUUGAUUGCUAACUUUGCUACACUUGUCAGCACUUAUAACAAAGGUACAGCAGUGCUUUAAAUUACAUAUUUGAAAUGGAAUAUAACAAUAUGCGUCAAGCAACCUGAUAGGAAAACUCACUCAUUCAACUUCUUCAUCCUGGCUGGGACAUAGGAAAACUCAACGUGACCGAAAACUGGCCCUGACUCUUCGAAACAUCUGAAUUUUAAAUUGUUUUAAGGCGGUAAUUUUCUUUUAACCAAAUCAAUAGAUUUAAGUAGUUUGUUCUAAUACUUUCUCGUUGGGAAGCAAGGGUGGUGCAUUGGUGAGAGCACUCGCCUCCCACCACUGUGGACCGGGUUCAAAUCUCAGCAUCGACGCCAUAUGUGGGUUAAGUGUGUUGUUGGUUCUCUCCCUUGCUCCGAGAGGUUUUCUCUGGGUACUCCGGUUUUCUCCUCUCCUCAAAAACCAACAUUUCCAAAUUCCAAUUCGACCUGGAGUCAGAUAGACGAAGAAUCACCAUGUGGAUGUGCUACCUCUAAAUCUUUUUUUAAGGGCCUAUUAUAUUUUAUUUGGUCUGGCUUCCACAACUUUUAUUUACAGGUUGAUCAAUGUUCUGUGGUUGUUUAACUGACCUUGCAACUUCUCAUUUCUUAUCGUUAUUUUAUUGAAACAGGAUUCACCCUCAUCAUCGAACCUUUUGACGACAGAACACCAACCAUACCUAACCCAAUACUUCACUUCAGGUGAGCCUUUGCACUCGAAACAAUACUUAUCAACGGCGUUUUUAUCACUAUUCCUUUAGAAGGUUUUGAGGAACAUUUGCCAAUACACUACAUGUAUUGACCAAACAAAAUUUAUCGUUUCCGAUUGGCCAAGGGGAACGUCAUUACAGUCAACUCUUUCUGAGACGGACACCUUCGGGACCUGCAGUAUGUGUCCGUCUUAGAGAGAUGUCCGUCUUACAGAGAGUCAAAUAAAGGGAGUAAAGAAAGGCAGGGACCAACUCUGAGUGUCCGUCUUAUAGAGGUGUCCGUUAAGAGAGAGUAGACUGUACUAGUGCUAACUGUACUCGUUAGUAGGAGUCAUCAGUGAUUUCCGAACUUGACCGAAGUUUUUCGAAGACGUCCAAGCGGGAUGUUCGAUCUUGACCUCACGAAACUCCAGUGACGAUUUCCGUGGUGACGAGUUGACUCUCUCAAAGAAAUGCACAGAGGCAGUAACACUGGUGAUUUCACAAGUGCAAAGAGAUUGGGUUGGCAAAUCAGUGUUUAACAUGCCUUACCUUAAGUACAUUUUUAUAGGGCGUAACUGCUUUUUUUUCUUUGAAACAUACUCUAUUCCAGAAAAAAACAGUCCUAGAAAUAGGAUAAAUAUUUCCUAGUGUCUAAUAGCUCCAUUGUUUCUUUCAUUUUAGCUGUAUGGAUGCAUCUAUUGCUGUUAAACCUGUUUUUGACAGGUUCCAGUCGGUUGUUAUUACAUCAGGGGUAGGUUUGUUAGUCACUAACAUCCUGCUAUCAAACUUAGAAAUUUUUAAAGUCAAUCAUGAAUCUGGAUGUUGAUGCCUAAUUACAGCUGUGAAGUCUGAUUGAACUCAGGUUAGAAACUGAGAUGAGUAAACAUGCUAAGAGAAAACCAACAGUACUUAAAACCAGUAGAAACGUUGCAGCAAAUCUGCUAGCGUUUGUUCCCGCAGUGGCUUGACAUAACCCCUUUAAAAACGAACGUUGCUAACAUGAAAAAAAUGGGAGUGACUCCUCUUGUUCUGCUUUAUACAGAAACCUUUUCCAGGGAACUGGAAAAUAGACGACUAAAACUUCUGUGACGCCACAAAUAAUGCUUUGUGGGUACAAACGCUAGUAGGCAAGCUGCUUAGCCAGUGGUUGCCUUUGUACAGCCCUCAGCUAAUUGUCAGAGGGAGAGUUAGGUCUUGCAUCCUUAGUGUUAUACAAAUGUUAAUGAAACCUUCAUUGACGUCACCAUCAUCAUUAUCAUUGCAUCAUCAUUGUCAUCCUCGUUAUGACCGUCGUCAUUAUCAUUAACGUCGUCAUGUUCCAAUUUUCUGGCCGUGAUAAUAAAAUUUUUUUCAUGCAAGCUGUAGUUCAAUUCUUGUUGCAGUAAACAUACCUUUUGACUGCCUUAUUUACGUCGCUUUUUGUCCUUGCAGACCCUGUCGCCUAUAGAUAUGUACCCUAAGAUUCUGGAUUUUAGACCAGUUACUAUGGCAACAUUUACAAUGACACUAGCAAGGAUAUGUCUUUGUCCAAUGGUAAGUCAAUUCAGUAAGUCCUUUAAUAGCAGUUGGACAUGGAGCUUCGUGCUUACGGUUAAGACCCAUUUGCCGUUUGCUGUCGGUAAUCAUCCUCUCUUUUUCUCAACUUUAGCGUAUACCCCAAAUGGACUCGAGACUGACAGCUCUUUGCCUUCCAAACGAAGAUCACUCACAUUUACAGUGCUCACAGUGGGCUUUCAAUAAAUUGAAAUUCCGUUGAACACACCUCCAACAAUUCUCCAAAGUGGAACAUGACUGAAAAAGCGAUACAUUGGUGCAUAUUAUCCCUAAUGUGUCCGACAAGGGUAGCAAAGAUCAGUUUUUACUCACGCUUUUCGUGAACGUGAAAACCAAUCUCUUCUCGUGGAAAACGGCAAACGGCGAACUUAAAAAAUGACGAGAAAAAUUAUUCACGUGGUCAUCUUUGCCGUUUGCUGUCACGUGGUGCUUGAUCUCUCUAGCCCCCGGCCUAUCGGAUUUUAUCGGGCAAUGAAAACCUGAUCGCCCUUGUCAGAUAAACAAGUAAAUGGCCAGAAUAUUUAAUGUUGCAUACAACUUGACCAUUUUUGUUUGUUUGAGCAGAUUGUUGGUAGAGGAAAUGACCAAGUGGCCAUUACAACGAAGUUUGAAACCAGAGAUGAUAUGUGUGAGUAACGAAUUCUUCAAUGUUCUUUUGCCACGAAAUGAUGAAUUGAUUUGACACAAUUUACUGACCUUGCCUUCGUAAUAACCCACGCAUUUACCAUUUUCUCAAUUGUUUUCUAGCUGUAAUCCGUAACUAUGGCAACCUGUUGGCGGAGAUGUCUGCAGUGGUGCCUGAUGGGAUAGUCUGUUUCUUCACUAGUUACCAGUACAUGGUGAGACUGUAAAGCGUGGUAGUGAUAUUUAUAAGUUGCCUGCUCAAUUUAGGGAACUUCAGCAACCACGGUGGCAACAGCAACGGAAACGUUAAAAAUAUACAAUUUUUAUACGAACUCAAAUCCAGCCACAAUUUUGCGGCCGUCGCUGUGAUGUUACCUCGCAGUUUACCGCCAAUUUGUUUGAGGGAUUCAACAGUAAUCGGAUACAAAGUAUUCACUUUAGUUUUCGGAUUCAAAAUUCACGCAUGGAUGUGUAAAGGACGAAACGAAUCUGGUACCAAAGUAUUCUGGAUUCGUCACCACGAUUCUAGUAAAAAUCUCGUCUGGUGUAAACCCUCUAUUUGGAGGGAAAUGAAGGACUUCUUUGGCAUAGUAACAGCUGAAGUACCACAGACAACCCACGCAAGCUCACCGAGUGAACCUGAUGAGGGACGUGUACCAACACCGUUUCAUUUAUAUAGCGUGCAUGUUUCUGCCGUUCUUAAUCUUCAGUUUGCUGUUCUCUUUUUCAGGAAGCUGUCGUGUCUAUUUGGCAUGAUCAGGUAACUACUCAAAAGUCUUCACUGAAACAACCUUCAAAAAGAUCUGCCUCAAGCUACCAACAAGCUCUUUUUUUUUCUGUUCCUGUAUUUUUUCUUUUUUAAAGAAAACUGAGCAAUUUCAUUGUAAUUUGUAAUCACCUAUAGUCGGUAAUAAUGUAAUUUAGGUUUUGAACGUUGAAUAUUUUUGUACUUGGUUGAAUUUCACCGGUGCAUAAAUAAAGAUUACCUUACCUUACCUUACGAUCAACAACAGCCAUGCUCAAAGUUGUUUAGUGCACGGCCUUCUAUGGCCUUAGCGUUGACUGUACUUAAUGUUCCUUUAUGCCAUUUUCAGGGUAUUAUCAGCAACAUUCAAAGAAACAAACUGCUGUUUAUUGAAACUCAGGAUGCAGCGGAAACCAGCUUAGCUCUUCAUAAUUACCAAAAGGUACACUGUCACAAAAAAGCAAUGUUUGUCAUUUACUUUAUCAGGUAAUGUUGUGGUUGUUUGCUGCAUAGACAAAAUAGUUAACCAAUUCCAUUUUCAUCUUGUUUAUCUAGGCUUGUGAAAAUGGAAGAGGAGCCAUUUUGUUGUCUGUAGCUAGAGGAAAGGUCUCGGAAGGAAUUGAUUUUGGUAAUUUUAAUUUAAUAAUCAGUCUAACUUAUGAAAUUUACAUAUUUUUGAAUGUGAUUAAACGAAACUUGUUGUAUAAACACAUUCAAACAAAAUAACAGGCCACUGUUAGAAGAUAAUUUAAGACAAAAGUACCCCAGUUUUGGUUGCUUUAGCCAACUUUCAAACUAGCGAAGAAAAGCAGUGUCUGUUUGACGUCACUUCCGAAUUCCGAUAGAUUGCACAAGGCUCUAUCCCUUCGAGGGAUAUGAUAUUUUUGGCGGGAAGAGGAAUGCACUUUUUUUUAUUAAGGGCUUUUUCUUAGCCGAGGGUUAACUGUACUGUUCAGAUAAUGUUGAUUUAAAGUUCUCAAUAAAAAUUUUCCACAGAUCAUCAUUAUGGAAGAGCAGUUAUCAUGUUUGGAAUUCCAUACGUCUACACGCAAAGUAGGAUUUUAAAGGUAAACCAGAAUUUCUUCGAGUCAUCUACGCUGCAGUUUGUAAAAUAUUGGUUGUUUGUGAAAGUUCAAAACCUUGAAGUAGUAAGAUCCCAUGAUGAUCGAGUAGUCCGCGGAUACAGCCGUCUGUCCUCGCUGCUCGUCGCUAGGGAAGUUUCUCUCCCGCGAAACGUGUCGAGGAGGGACGGCUGUGUUCGCUGCUUAGGGUUCACAGUCUCUACCAAAAUCAGUUACAUUAUAUUAUUUUCUACAGGCGCGGCUUGAAUAUCUAAGAGACCAGUUUAACAUCAGAGAAAACGACUUUCUCACUUUUGAUGCCAUGAGGCAUGCGGCUCAGGUAAAUUUCUUAAAUUUUACUUUAUAACCCUCCAGUUUGAAAUUUCUGGAGAUCUCAUAAACGAUGUCACGUUGAAGGCGGUUUGCCGGCGAAUGGCAUUUCUUUCAAUCUAACAGACUAAUUUAAAGUUGUAAACUAAGCAAGCGAGCCUUUGAGUGGAAACUGGGGGUUGCUUUGUUUUGCUAGAAAUGUUAGUGUCAUUUAUAUGCAUAAGAGCAUGAUUCAAAUUGGAGAAAAAGUGAGGUUUCUCAGAUCAACUCUAGGUCACCUCCAGCCUUGCGCGCGGUUUCUAUUCGAGGCUAGGAUAUUAGGACUACAACUGCACAUUGGUUGGUUUUGACAAAUUGUGAAUCUGUUUUAAGGGUACACUCUGGCUUUCUUCCUUUAACGCACACUUAGGAACGUACGUGGCAUCCUCGGAGACCCAGGGGCAGAUAGUUGGGGAGAGGGAAAGUGUAAACGGGCGGAAAAAAUAUAUAUGGAACGAAGAAAAGUAAAGAACGGCGAGAAGAGCCCCUGGGGACAAUGUCUUACCAGACCAGUUCCAAACGGUCGCCGCCGUUCUGGCUUCUGAUUGGUGCCAGAAAAACACACGUUUUCUGGCACCAAUCAGAAGCCAGAACGGCGGCGACCGUUUGGAUGACCAGACCAUUCUGUAACAGGGGUCGGGCUCUUCUCGCCGUUCUUUACUUUUCUUCGUUCCAUAUAUAUUUUUCCGCCCGUUUAGACUUUCCCUCGUCCCCACUAUCUGCCCCUGGGUCUCCGAGGAUGCGUAGGUGGUUGAGUUAAAUUUUUGUAUAAAUUUCUAUUUCAUAAUUAAUUUUUUGUAGUGUGUUGGUCGAGCCAUACGGGGAAAAACUGAUUAUGGAAUCAUGGUGUUCGCUGACAAGGUAAUAAUUUGUUUUCUAGGGCCGAAUUGUUCGCAUGAAACAUAAUCUGCGUAACCCGCAGUGGGAUCGUUAGCGCGAACAAAGUUUUGGUAGAGGAGCUGCUAGGCCGUGCGAAGAAUGGGGAGGAGACGUUUUGAAAUCCGUGCAUUCGGCGCUUGCUUGACUGAGCAAAAACAAUUCGGCCAGCUACGCAGGUGGAACGAGACAUGUGAGUGAUUGUUGCUACGAAAACUCAUCUGAUCUGUUUACGGUUGACCCGCGUGGACUGACUAAAAUUAUGGAGGAACCAUGUCUGUGCAGUACCCAGGGAGGGUAUUCCAAAUUUCAAGUGACGGGGUUGAUUGAAAUGAGGCAAAAAUAAACACCCCCAAAAAAUCCCUAAACCAAAAAUUACCCCUCCCCCCCUCCCCCACAAAAAAAAAUCCCGUGCCGAAUUUCUGAGCCUUAAAAGUUUACAGAAAACAAAACAAGUUUGAUUGUACUUUAUUCGCGGAACUGCGUGAUCGGGAUACGCGGGCACUACCACGAAUCUUCACAUUGUUUUGAAUACCCAAAGAAUCCCUUCUUAAAUCAAGCCACCCAAAACAAUACCUGCCAAAUUUCCCUACCCAAAAAAAUCCCGGAAUCGAAAAUUUCAAACGCCAAAAAAUCCUUCGAUCAUCUUCGUCACUUGAAAUCCGGAGUACCCCCUGAGGUGCAGUGAUGGGGUAGAAGUUUAACCCAAUAAAUUUCCUUUUGUGGCCUUCAACUUUUCGUGUGUCGUCUUGUACGAAAAUGAAUGUUCCAUUCAGAAUAUGAGUGAAUGAGGGAAUGCGCGGAAGAAGGCAGAAGCACGUUCCGGCUCGUCCACAACUAUUUUGAGAUUCUGACUGUUUAUUAUUUCUUUUACAGAGAUUUUUUAAAGUUGACAAAAGAGGAAAGCUACCAAAAUGGAUCCAGGUAAAGGGCUGAUGAAAAUUAUUAAUAAAAGUUUGUUUUUAGUUGCUUUUCUGCCCAAGCAUUAACCUGGGUAGUUAGUUACACAUAGAGCGUCGUUGCAAACGUAGCUAUGAAUAGAACCCUUUGGUGUGACCAUUUGAAUGAAACUACUUUGUCAGUGCUUUAACAAAAUUUUUAUAGUUUAGUACAAACAAACUUUAGUUCAUUAUAUUUUGAGCACUUUUGAAAUCUGACGAGUUUUAUUGUUCUGGCUCGCAGGAAUACCUCAAAGAAGGCGUGUGUAAUCUUUCUAUUGAUGAAGCUGUCCAGGUAGGGACCUAUCGUAACUAGCUAUUAUUUUCUCUGUCAUUAUUGCUUUAUAAGUGUCAAAACAUUCAUCUGAAGUUGAUACCAAGCUUUCUUUUGUGGGCACCAAUCCUGUAGUUAGAAGAAUUCCGACUGAAUGGAACUUCUAUAAUAACAUUUCUGUGGCUUUUUCUUUUCUUAUCUAUACGUUUCUCUUUCGCAGAUCAGUAAGAGAUUCCUGAGGCAAAUGGCUCAACCUUUUGAUAAGGUAAAACUGAGUUGUUCAAUGUGAAAUCUUGAUGCCUUUUGUACGUGCAACGACAAAUUUGGAGCCGGAGUUUGAGAAAACUCUUACACGCCUGUAGGGCGUGUGAGCUUUGCGCGCUUUACGCGAAAUUUUUUCCGCCUUUUGUGCCGCACGAUCAGUCCUUAAGUCUUACUAAUUAUAAUAUACUAUUCGCUUGCGGCAAGAUAUACGUGUGGCCACGGCACGUGGUGGUAGUUCCCUUUGCUUCAUCAGUACAACAAAUCGUUUAGUUGGUUGUUGACAAUAGACCACACUUAAUCUCGUAGUCUCCUAUUACACUUGGCCAAACCAUCCAGGACAGAAAUGGUAUGAUUCUGAGAUAAAAGAACGGACUGUUUUGCAGUCAUAGCCUUUUAGCACUGAGUUCUUUUACCUAUGGGUUCAUGCUAAUAGUUUAUCAGUAUCUUUUAAACUGAAUUGUGAUUUUAGAGGGCCCUAGGAAGUGAAGGGAUAACUGUCUUAACAUUUUUUUUUCAGGAGGAUCAGCUGGGCUUGUCACUUCUUACCGUUGAGCAAGUUGAGUCGGAAGAGUUUCAAAAAAGAAUUUUGCAGUCAGCAGUUGCUUGA